ACAAACAAUCGCCGAGUCAAAACUCCAGGAAGAAUCAGGAUGGUUCGCGGAGAUGAGGUGCAGAUAACGGCGGCGAAGCGUGGGUUCCGGAAGGCGCAGGAGGAGGGGAACAGACAGGAAGAGGCAAGGUGGGCCAACGUGAUCGGCGAUAUUCACAAGAAUAGGGGAGAGUAUGUGGAGGCUCUGAAGUGGUUCCGCGUCGAUUAUGAUAUUUCCAACAAGUAUCUCCCCGAGAAGCAGUUACUUCCUACUUGCCAGUCCCUUGGCGAGGUCUAUCUCCGGCUGGAGGACUUCAAGAACGCUCUUAUUUAUCAGAAAAAACAUUUGGAGCUCGCCAAGGAUUCUGAUGAUCUUGUUGAGCAGCAAAGAGCGAGCACGCAGCUCGGUCGUACAUACCAUACAAUGUUUACAAAAUCUGAGGAAGAUCAUUAUUCAAUUCACAAUGCCAGAAAGUAUUUCAGGUCCGCUAUGAAGCUUGCUCAGACUCUCAAGGAAAAACCACCUGAUAACCAGUCUUCUUUCCUCAAAGAAUAUAUUGAUGCACAUAAUAAUUUAGGAAUGCUUGAAAUGGAUCUUGAUAACUUGGAACUAGCAGAGAAGUACCUGCUUAAAGGUUUAAAUAUUUGCGAUGAAGAAGAAGUUGGUGAGGAUGAUGAUGGACGCACUAGGCUUCAUAACAACCUUGGGUCUGUCUAUAUGGAAUUGAGGAGGUGGAAUGAAGCUCGGGAGCAUAUUGAGAAGGACAUACUUAUUUGUAAGAGAAUUGACCACUGUGUUGGAGAGGCAAAGGGAUACAUCAAUCUUGGUGAAUUGCAUUACAGAGUUCAGAGGUAUGAUGAGGCAAUCCUUUGUUACCAAAAGGCACUUCAUCUAGCAAAAUCCAUGGAAGAUGAGGAUGCCUUAGUUGCACAGAUUGAACAAAAUAUUAUGACUGUAAAAGAAGCUAUUAAAGUAAUGGAGGAGAUGAAGAAAGAAGAACAGAAUCUUAAGAAGUUAUCAAGGAACACAGUUACUGCAAAGGACAAGUCUGAGAGGAGGUAUCUGCUGCAGCAGGAAUCAUGUCUUGAUCGUCUCAUUGAGAAAUCAGCGAUGAUUUCUGCAUGGCUGAAGCACUGUGAAUUUGCAAAAAAGAAGAAGAGAAUGGCAAAGAGACUUUGUGACAAAGAAAAACUCAGUGAUGCAUUUUUAGCUGUUGGAGAAUCAUACCAGAAGCUCAGAAAGUUCAACAAAGCCAUUAAAUGGUACAAAAAGAGCUUGGAAGGAUACAAGUCAAUUGGAAAUUUGGAGGGUCAAGCAAUGACAAAAAUCAAUUUAGGAAAUGUUUUGGACUCUGCUGGUGACUGGGCAGCUGCAUUUGAUGCAUUUGAACAGGGCUACAGGAUUGCAGUCGAAGCUGAGCUUCCUUCUCUUGAGCUUUCUGCACUGGAGAAUAUGCACUAUAGCCAAAUGAUAAGAUUUGACAAUUUUGAAGAGGCCAGGAAUUUGCAGCUUAAAAUUGAUCGUUUAAAAGAGUCAAAUAGUGCAAAGCUUGAAGCAAAGGAGGUGGCAAUGGAUUGCUGCUCGGAGACUGACACAGAAGGAGAUGAUUAUUUAUCAUAUCCUAAUGCACUCUCAGGGAAGAGGAGUAACUCGAAUUCUAACAUAUCAGAAUCUUUAGCUGCUCCUCAAGAUUUGAAUGCUGGUGAUGUCCCUCUGAUUUCUCUUCUGUCUCCCAAAGGUUCAACCAAGACCAAAACUGCUAAUGUAGAAGAAUGCAAUAUUUCUAGGAAAAGUAAUGUUCUGCCUAAAUGUUCAUCUAGAUCAACUAGUAAUCAGCAAAUAGUUACUAGUCGAAAACGUGGUCGUCUAGUCCUUUCAGAUGAUGAAGCUGACAGUCAUGAUGAGGAUGAAUCCCUAAGAGGAAGGCUUUGUAUGCAGCUGGUCGAAGAUGGCACUUCCAAUGAAUAUAAAAAUAAACCCAGUCCAGUCACUCCUACAUGUAACUUUCAGGCUGCAUCACCUGUGUCUAAAAGUCCCAUCAGGUCCUGCAAUCCUGUCAAUGUGGAAGAAAGUUCUUGUUCAUUCAAAUCAAUUAGUCCUAGGAUAGCCACUUCAAAUGCCAAAGCCAGCAGAUCCUCAAACAUUGAUGAAGUUAUCAUUGCAUCUUGUUCUGGUUCCAGUGGCUUGAAAUGUGAUGUCGCUUUGUCUGCAAGCUUGCUUCAUAAACAUGAUGCUGUUAAUCUGAAGUUCCAUUCUUCUCAUAGUGAGAAUGAUUUGCAGUUCUGCGUAACAUUCAAAAUAGAUGACUGUCUGAUACAUGUGGAUGUGGGAUCACAUAUGGUUGGUGAUAAGUUAAGCAUUGAGCCCCUGAAGAUUGAACUGGCUUGCUUAUACUAUUUGCAGCUUCCCAUGGAGAAGAGAUCAAAGGGUCUGCUGCCAAUCAUCCAGCUCAUGAAAUGUGGUGGAAGAACUUUAGAAUCUUGGGAAAGCUUUGAUACUCUUAAGGAUCAUCUUGGAAAAGUUUUGAUUGAUGUAACUGUUGGUGGAUGGGUUCAAAAGCGCUUAAUGAAGCUAUAUAUUGACUGCUGCAAGGAAUUAUCAGAGAUGCCCAAUAUGAAGUUGCUUAAAAACUUGUAUGUUUCAGAGAUUGAGGAUGAAGUCACUGCGUCUGAAUGUGACUUGCAAGAUAUAUCAAUAACUCCACUGUUGAAUGCCCUGCAUAUCCACAAAGCAGUUGCCAUGCUAGAUCUUUCUCACAACUUGUUAGGGAAUGGAACGAUGGAGAAACUCCAACAGUUUUUCACAUCAUCUGGCCAAAAAUAUGGUGACUUGACUUUGGACUUGCACUGCAAUCGAUUUGGUCCUACUGCAUUGUUUCAGAUUUGUGAGUGCCCUGUUCUGUUCACUCGACUUGAAGUACUUGAUAUCUCUGGAAAUCGUCUCACUGAUGGAUGUGGAUCAUACCUUUUAACUAUCCUAGAAAAUUGUAAAGCUCUCUAUAGCUUGAAUGUAGAGCACUGUUCCAUCACUUCUAGGACAAUUCAAAAGGUUGCUGAUACACUGGAUACUGGGUCCGUGCUAUCACAACUCUUUAUAGGUUAUAACAAUCCUAUUUCUGGGAAAGUUAUCGGCAAUUUAUUGGACAAACUUGCUACAUUGAAAAGUUUUUCAGAACUGAGUCUGAGUGGUUUAAAGUCAAGCAAGCCCGUAAUUGAUGGCCUUUGCCAACUUGCUAAAACCUCAUCUUUAUCUCGAUUGAUGCUUAGGGGAACUGGUAUAGGAAAUGAAGGGGCAUUACAAUUAUCUGAAUCGUUAUCCACUGCAACUCAGGAGUCUAUGAAACUUGACAUGUCAUAUUGUGGAAUAACGUCCUCAUAUAUUCAUAAACUUAGUGCAGAUGUUACUCUGCUCAGCAGCAUUAUGGAGCUGAACCUUGGAGGAAAUCCUAUAAUUCAAGAGGGUAGCAAUGCAUUAGCAUCCUUGCUUGUGAAUCCUCAAUGCUGUGUAAAAGCUCUGAUCCUGGACAAGUGUCAGCUGGGGAUGGUUGGAAUUCUUAAAAUACUUCAGGCAUUAGCAGAGAAUGAAUCUCUAGAAGAGCUCAGUCUUGCCAGUAAUGCUGAUGCAGAUAAACUUUUUAGAGUACAAAAUGCCAAGACAGCAGAAGAGAGCUCAGAAUCACUGCAACCAAAUGCUGAUAUACCUGAAUCUACCAUGAAGACAUCUGUUUCAAAGGAAGUUAAUCAUGAACAGCCAGGCUUAUGUGCUAUUAACACCGAGAACAAUGACAUUGAGGUUGCAGAUAGUGAAGAUGAAAAAGCUGCUGCAUCUGGAUUUAAUGACAGCUGCACAAGCUCCUGCCAAAGGAAUUCAUCUUUGGAGAGCCAGUUCAUUCAAGAACUAUCAAUUGCAGUUGAAAUGGCAAAACACCUGCAGGUAUUAGAUCUUAGCAACAAUGGGUUCUCAUUACAAGCUUCAGGAACGUUAUAUAGCGCAUGGUCAUCAGGAUUAAGAGUUGGUUUAGCUUCGCGCCACAUUGAGGACCAAAUAAUCCACUUCUCAGUGGAAGGAAAUAAGUGUUGCAGAGCCAAAUGUCACUGUAAAAGAGACUAACGAACCAUUUUACUAGAUAAACUUCUCAAGAAAGUUAUCCUCACACAUUGUGGCCUAUUGCUAAAUUUGUUGCUGCUUUGAAUCUCUGAGGUUUGAGCAGAUUAUCAAAAGGAGUUUUGUAGGAUGUAUAUAUGACUAGAGGUAGAUUCUGUCAUAUACCACGAUCAACCUUUUACUUUCAUCUCUUCGGGAUUACAGUAUUUUAUGCAUGUUACUUCUUUUUUUUCCCCCUUCUUGGUGAUAGUAUUUUG